AUGAAGAAGGGUAUCCAGGUCUUCUAUAGACUCAAGGAGAAAACUAAUGGCAGUGACAAAACUCGGUCUUUUGUUGGUGUCGGCGCAGAUGGAUGUGAUCGAGAAGAUAGAGAUAAUGACAAGGAAAAAGAUAGGAAACGUGGACGUGUCGGUCGUCGAGAAGUUCACAGAGACGAUGUCUUAGCUCCUAAUUUGAAAUUCAGCGGGUUUGGACAGCGCCAAAAUGAUGAUGACAUAUACUUGCCAUCCGCGGGAUCUGUAGCUAAGCAGGGAGGAGCCACAAUCGCUCCCCCUCCGUCCCUCCAAGAAAUAUCAAUUGAUAGUGGCUGCGAAGUCUCUAAUACAAUGCCGUAUUCUGCCAGUUCGGUAGCCGCCAAAAUUAUGGCUAAAUAUGGCUUUAAGGAUGGUCAAGGCCUCGGAAAAUCGGAGCAAGGUAUGGCCAUAGCCCUUCAAGUAGAGAAAACCUCGAAACGUGGUGGACGGAUCAUACACGAAAAAGACUCUUUUUUGCCACCUCUGGCAUUGUCGCCACCUUCGAUGGGCUUUCAAAUAGGACCAAGUCCCAGUCAUAAGGCCAUGCUUCUUCCCCAGGUGGCAGGCAAGGCGGCUGAGAGUGGCGAGACCGGAUCCAGCAUCACGGAGAUUAUGAAAUCACCAAGCAAGGUUGUUCUUCUACGUAAUAUGGUAGGACCUGGGGACGUUGACGAAGAAUUGGAACCCGAGGUAAAAGACGAAUGCAACACAAAGUACGGCGAAGUAAACAGCGUCAUUAUUCACGAAUCGUUCGGAACUGUGCCAGAAGAUGCGGUUAAAAUAUUCGUGGAGUUUAGACGUAUCGAAAGUGCCAUUAAAGCUGUAGUGGACCUGAACGGGCGCUUUUUUGGAGGACGUCAAGUACGAGCGGGGUUUUACAACUAUGAUAAAUUUAAACGUUUUCAAUUGUAUUAGCACUUAUAUUCGUACAAUUAAGAAGCGGCGUUCUGACUGUGUAACAGAAAUCA